AUGGCCAGGCAGAGCCUUGGUCUUGAAGAUGUUUCUCUGUCUCCAGAACCACUGGGCUUGAGCUUAGAAUUUCAAGAGCCUUUGUACAAGGAGGAGACUGUUGUUGAUCAUUUGUUAGAGGUUGACGAUGAGGAUGAUUGGAGAGAAAGGUACGACAAAGCCAGACUGGCCAACAUGAUCCCGUGUGACCCAUAUAAUUACAACUCUGCUGGCCUUUCAGGGAUGGAGGCUUUCUCUUCAUGGCCAUUCACUGACAAUGAGCCAUGUAUUGGGUGUCCUUCUCAUACCAAGAUGGCUGCCCGUGAAGAACCUAUAGAGGAAAUCGAGUACGUGUCUCCACAGCUGAGCUACCAAGAGCUGAAGGAGGAAAAUUCCAUGUUGAGGAGGAAGAUCAAGAGGAUCCAGAACUACUCUGAAAGCCAGACACACAUGGUAAGAAAUCUUGAGAGGACGCUCCAAGCCACUAUGAACAAAGAGGAGAAAGAGGCUCAGGAUUUGGAAGCAUUGGUACAACAUGCAGAACAAAGCCUCCAGUGCAUGACUCAAAGAGCUCUGAAGGCAGAAAGUGACAUGGAGAAGAUGAAGCAAGAGAUGGCAUUACUCCAGGCUGAGCUGACUUGCUACAAAGUGGAGAAUGAAAGCCUGAGAUCUGGCCAGUCCACCAACAUGGGAGCAGUAAAACAGCAUGUUGAUGUUGCUUUGCAGAACCUCCUCCGGGUCACCAACCAUGCCCAUGCCACCAUCAACCAACUGGUUUUUGGAGCUGAAACACUGAGCCUCGUUGCUGAGCUUCUUAAAUCUGUAGGCAGAAUGUCAGAACUAGAGAAUGAAGAUGGAGAAAAGAAACUAACUUAA